AUGCUGACUGACGCUGUCCUAGGAUUGCUGAUGCUGGUGGCAAUCACUGAAUUUCUCAUUGGACUUAUUGGAAAUGGAAUCCUUGCUGUCUGGAGUUUUGGAGAAUGGGCCAGGAAAUUCAAGAGGUCCUCAUACAACCUCAUUGUCUUGGGCCUGGCUGUCUGCAGAUUUCUUCUUCAGUGGAUGAUAAUGAUAGACUUAAGCCUGUUUCCUUUUAUUCAGGACAGGCAUUGGCUUCAAUAUCUCAAUAUCUCCUGGGUUUUAAUCAGCCAGGCUAGUCUGUGGUUUGCUACUUUCCUCAGUGUCUUCUACUGCAGGAGGAUUGCAACCUUUGAACAUCCUGUCUGCCUGUGGCUGAAGCAGAGGGCCAACUGCCUGAGUCUCUGGUGCUUUAUGGGGUACCUCCUGAUCAGUCUGUUCCUUGUAACCCACAUUAGCUUAAAAUACAGCAGUCCUUCUCUGGGGAACAGCAGCUUUCUCUACCCACUUUCAAAUGCGCACUAUCUGUCUAUAUUACGGCUCAAUUCGGGAUGCUGGCUGCCUUUCCUGGUGUUUCUUGUUUCCUCUGGGAUGCUGAUUAUCUCUCUGUAUAGACAUCACAAGAAGAUGCAGGUCCAUAUAGCUGAUAGGAGGGAUGCCAGAGCCAAGGCUCACAUCACUGUGCUGAAGUCCCUGGGAUGCUUCCUCAUACUUCAUGUGGUUUACAUCUUAGCCAGUCCCUUGUCUAUCACCUCCAAGUCAUCUGCUAAUCUCUCUACUGUCUUUAUUUCCAAGACUCUCAUGGCAGCCUACCCUUCUCUUCAUUCUGUCAUAUUGAUCAUGGGGAAUGCUAGGAUAAAGCAGAUUUGCCAGAGAAUUCUAUGGAAAACCAUCAGUGCUUGGAGAUCCUGA